AGUAUAGAUUAUGAUACUUAACACUCAUUGAUAUGUUAAUAAUGGAAUUUAUUUUAUACUGAGUUGCAUCACUUAAGAAUAGUAAUGAAUCUGAAUUGUUUUACAUGUAAUUUUUUGGAUGAAGAGAAAUCUGAAAUUUUCUGUUUGGGAGCAAAUGUUAAGGUUGGUGGUGAUGUUAAAAAUGGUUUGGAGCAGAAAAUAUGUAUUGUAUGCUUAUUUUCCCAAAUGCAUCCUAUAUCCCUGCUGUACCGAGUUCUGCAAGCCAUUGCCCCAGCAGCAAGCCCCCGAGAGAAAGGAGACUGCUGUGUACCUGCUGCUGAUACCAUGUGGGUUCUUCCCUGGCAGGCAGAAGCUGAGGAAGAUUGUCAUUCUGAUACCGACAGAGCAGGCAACGCUGACGAAAAUGAGAGUCCUGCUGAAACAGACCUGCAGGCGCAACUCCAAAUGUUCCGAGCUCAGUGGAUGUUUGAACUUGCCCCAGGUGUGGGCACUAGCAGCUUAGAAACACGACCUUGCAGAACAGCAAGAGGUUCUCAACUGAAAGCAGCAGCAGAUACCAAAGGAAAACAGGAACUGGCAAAAGAAGAAGAGGCUCGAGAACUCUUUCUAAAAGCAGUAGAGGAAGAACGGAAUGGAGCUCUUUACGAAGCCAUCAAGUUUUAUCGUAGGGCUAUGCAACUUGUUCCUGAUAUAGAGUUCAAGAUUACUUAUUCCCGGUCUCCAGAUGGUGAUGGCGUUGGAAACAGCUACAUAGAAGAUAAUGAUGAUGAUGGCAAGAUGGAGGAUCUCUUGUCCUACUUCCAGCAGCAACUCACGUUUCAGGAGUCGGUGCUCAAACUGUGUCAGCCGGAGUUGGAGAGCAGUCAGACUCACAUAUCAGUGCUGCCGAUGGAGGUCCUGAUGUACAUCUUCCGAUGGGUGGUUUCUAGCGACUUGGACCUCCGAUCGUUGGAGCAGUUGUCCCUGGUAUGCAGAGGAUUCUAUAUCUGUGCCAGAGACCCUGAAAUUUGGCGUCUGGCUUGCUUGAGAGUUUGGGGCAGAAGCAGUAUUAAACUUGUUCCGUACACAUCCUGGAGGGAGAUGUUUUUAGAGCGGCCUCGUGUUCGAUUUGAUGGUGUGUAUAUCAGUAAGACCACAUACAUUCGUCAGGGGGAACAGUCUCUUGAUGGUUUCUAUAGAGCCUGGCACCAAGUGGAAUAUUACAGGUAUUUAAGAUUCUUUCCUGACGGCCAUGUGAUGAUGCUGACGACCCCUGAGGAACCUCAGUCCAUUGUUCCCCGCUUAAGAACUCGAAAUACCAGAACCGAUGCAAUUCUACUGGGUCAUUAUCGUGUAGCACAAGACAUAGACAAUCAGACAAAAGUGUUUGCUGUAAUAACUAAGAAAAAAGAAGAAAAGCCACUUGACUACAAAUACAGAUAUUUCCGUCGUGUCCCUGUACAAGAAGCAGAACAGACUUUCCAUGUGGGGCUACAGCUGUGCUCCAGCGGCCACCAGAGGUUCAACAAGCUCAUCUGGAUACAUCAUUCUUGUCACAUUACUUACAAGUCCACCGGGGAGACUGCGGUCAGCGCUUUCGAGAUUGACAAAAUGUACACGCCCUUGUUCUUCGCCAGGGUGAGGAGCUACACCGCCUUCUCAGAAAGGCCCCUGUAGGGCCCCGGGCCCAGGCCUCGCUCCCUGUCACAUGAGUGAGCGUCCAUAGCGCAGAAGCACCUAAGUUAUAAAUGUAUAUAUAUAUACAUAUAUUUAUCCCACAUAUAUAUAUAUAUGGGAUUGGAACUUAUUUUAAACUGUUCUUUGAAGAAGAGUAUAAAUUGAUUAUUAUUGUUAUUAUUUUUAUUUAAGGGGAUAGCUGAUUCUUGGGUUGUUUUGGAAUUAAGAAGUUGAAAUCUUAAGUUUUUCAAAGCUCAUUUAUGUUGUAAGAAAAACCUUAAUGCAGUUUGAAUCAUGUCCUUCUCCAAGCAGAUUCCUGUCCCAUAAGUCGUCGUCUUCUGCCUGGUCAUCCUAGUGUUAAAAGGUGGCAGGGAGAGCGCCCAUGAGUCAUUAUUUUACUUCCUGCAUGACAUAGUGUCUAAACAACUAAAGGCCCAAAAUGUGAAAACCUGUUCUGGAUUUGUUUGAAACUGUUUGACCAAUAAAGAUCAUUUAAAAAAAAAA